AUGCUUGACGUUCGAGGCACGCGGUUUGAGAGCUUGCAGACGACCUUCGCACCCUACAGCAAGUUCCGCAACGUCAGGCUGUCGUGGAAUCGCGGCAUGCUGACUCAGAUGCUGAAAGAACAGAGCGAGUGGGCAGCACGGUUCCGAGCCAUUGGGCCGCGCCCACCGUAUGCUCUCGGCUGUAUCCUGCGCUUCCUGCUCAAACCUAAUGCAGAGGUUCUGCAGCUUCUGAGUGGGCUGGAAAGGGAGGUGCGUGCACCUGGUUUGGUGACCAUUGGCGUGCACAUCAGAUUCACGGAUGGGACAGUGUGGGAAGGGGAGGGCGAAGAUGCUCCCAAGCAGCUGGGCGAGGCGGAGGUUGAGAGGCUCAAACAGCUGGCUCGCCCGCUGCUGCUCUGCACUCAGGCACUGGAGGACUGGUGGUUCCCUCCUCCCCUGAAAGUGCGCUGGCUCGUUAUCACAAACUCGAUGGAUUUCAAGAUUGCCAUGCAUCACCAGUACCAAAAUAAGGUUGUUACAACACCAUUCACUCCCCGCCAUUCUAACAAGUUGAGUGACACUGCCAUUAGCACAAAUGCCACCUCGGAGGUCGAUAUUCUAGAACUGCAGCAUUCUUUUCGCUGA